CUUCUCCAUACUUGAAUGCCAGAAGAUUUGAACUUGCUGAUCCCAAAGCUCAAAAAAGAGUGGUAGCUGUGCUUCAUGAGUUCCUCAGUUUGACUAUGGAAAAGAGAAUUCAGAGUUACACAAAUCAAAGGAGUUGGGGAAAGUAGAUGGAUCGCAAUCAAAGUCCACAAGGUGAAACUGCCCAGAUUCUCGUAGAGUUCUUAGAAGUUGCCAUUACGUCAGUUGUAUUCCUCAAAGGAGUUUAUCCAAGUGGGGCAUUUGAAAGACAGCGUUACAUGAAUGUUGUGGUUCAAAAAGCUAGACACCCGGAGCUUCAACAGUAUAUCCAUUCUACUGUCAAUGGACUUCUUCCUUUCAUACAAAAGGGAUUGGUUGAGAGAGUGGCUGUGAUUUUCUCUGAUAGCAACAACGUACCUCUUGAGAGAUUUGUUUUCAAGAUAAAUGUGAACCAGUCCUAUGGUUUGAAGUUGGAGGAAGCUGAUCUGGUGUUCUCUCUUAAAUCAUUUUUGAUCAAGCUUCCUUUGUCACAAUCGAUGAUGAAGGUUCUUCCGCCAGAUUGUAGGUGGGAGAUAACAGCUUACUUUCGGGCUCUCCCGCAGAGUAGUACAAGCAAAGACGCCGAAAUUUGGGUCCCAACUGAUACCCAGCAGUGGCAGCAAGCACCUCUUAUAACUCCUAUUAAGUCCAUGAGGAGUGAACCUCUAGGCAUCCAGCUAUAUCUUGAACAUCCAAGUCUCUCUGAACCAAAGGCUUAGAGAGACGCCAUCUCAGAGGCAUUUGUCGUGGAGCUCAACCAACAUCUUAAGAUAUUCUGUGUUAAUACCUUGACUCCGAGCUUAUAGAACGCAUGUGCCAACGUCUUAUCUGGUGUGGUUCCAUAUAUCUUUCUCACUUUGCUUACAGUUUUUACUAUAAAUAUUAGGUAGAUUAGUCAUACUGAGUUGUAAAGUUGUUGCCAUGUGACUAGGAGGUCACGGGUUCGAGCCGUAAAAACAGCCUCUUGCAGAAAUGUAGGAUAAGGUUUCGUACAAUAGACCCUUGUGGUCUGGCUCUUCCCCGGACGGCCCCUUUUUUAGUCAUAUUGAAUUGUGGAGAGAUCCAUUAAAUUUAGGGAUUUUUACCUAUGUAUACCAUAUAGCAAACCUUAUUACCUCCCAUGUUUAAGGUUUGUGUUUAUUACAUCUAAGCAUACCAAAUUUCAAUUUAUAUACCAUAAUUAAA